AUGAUAGAAUACGCCUUCCUUCUGACACUCAUCGCCUUCUGCUCUGCUGGUACGUGUCUAUGCCUCUACUUCUUCCUAAAAGCGGAUCCGGUGCUGUGGGGUUCUCGCGUUGUUGCAGUGUCCAAUGGAACCACACCAACCAUGUACUUCCGCUUCCCCAAUGGAUCCGCGAUAGAAUUGCAGAUCGGCGACAGUGCAGCACACGCGUUGGAGAUUCGAGACAACAAAUGCUAUGCCAACCAAAAGAUGGUGGGUGAGCCCUGCGAGCUUAGCGAAGUGCGCAGUGUGAGUGCACGGAGGCAAAGACCGGAGGACCUCAUCCUCUCGUGGCUUACAUUCUCCUCUUGUGUGCAUGUUGUAGGGAGCGCCAACAUCACUCUCUUCAAGAUAGAUCGUGACAGUUUACUGCAAGUGAAGAAAGGAAAGUUGCCCUUCUCGACAACGUACCUCAUACCGGAUUGUACUUUGCCGGAUUACGGACCAGAGUAUCUGGUGCGGGAUGAGAACUCCGGUGUGACCAAGUUUUUGGGCAAUUUUCCACGGAACAAGAGUGAGGAAAACACUGCCUAUCAAUGGUGUAGACCAACUCAAUGCCUAGUUGUCACCGUCGAUUGGACGCAAGGAGGUGAGUCACUGGCCACACUGAGAAGGCAGGCCUACUUUCCAUUAUUCUCCUUAUCCUCUUCUACUGCAAUAACUUGA